GAUGAUGAUGAUGAUGAUGAUGAUGAUGAUGAUGAUGAUGAUGAUGGCGGCGGCGGCGGCGGCGGCGGCGGCGGCGGCGGCGGCGUACACCUUGAGGCGUUCAAAUCCCUUGUGUGCUUUAACACCAUGACUAGCCAAGAAGGGGUCGUCGAUCUAUGCGCACCCAAACAGUAG